UUUCUAUCAUUUAGUCUCGUUCAUUCGCCAUUUGCGUGCACUUUACGUGGGAUGAAGUAUUUUUUAUUUUUCCAUUGCGACCAAACGGCAAAUACUCUGUUGUUAAAAGAACAACUGUACUAAACAAUAUCGGAGCUAAGCGCGAAAGAAUAGCUUCAAUCGUAGAGGCUUAUUCAAUUGCUUGAUAAUCUCCCACGUAUUCGCUAAAUCAAAGUGAAUGGGAAACGCGUGUAAGUUUUUUUUAUUUUCAUGCUACAGUUAACUCGCGAUCAUAGUUGGUAUUUGGUCGGGUCACUCGUUUCGCUGCACUGUCGGUAACUUGGGUUGUCGAGAAAAAAUUGUGAAAAAUGUGCUUUUUGAUAAUUGAGGAAAAAGUAUUCAUUCGUUCAAUGGAAGAAUAAAAACUGUUACGAGAAAGUGAUUUAACAAUUGCGAAAUUGCACAAAGAAAUGUCAGUGAUUUAGAGUUUUCCAGAUUUAUCGAUAAUAUCUACAGUAAAAGUUUCCAGUUCAACGGGGAAGGAACAAAACUGCCAUGGAUACGUCAGCAGACAAAGCUGGUUAUUCGAUUGAUAUUAAACAGGAGCUCGAUGAACCUGCAGAAACAGCUCCGGCCGGAGUGGAGGGCCGCAUCAUUCGUAAAAUGACGGUUCUGGACCCACUGAAGCUUAAACUUCUGAAUCGGCAGAAUCACAAUAGUCUACUGUCUGGAUUACUCACAGAAAAAGCCAAAGCGAAGCCUCCUGCUCCUACCACAGCUUCUCCGGGUCCGAAUUUGUCCACUUCGUUGACUACGGAGGUUGACGAACAAGCCUCUGCCGUUGCCCCUUCGACCGCUUGCGUAAAUGUCAGUUGCGAAAUCAAUGCUAGCAAACCUGCAACGCAGAGUUUGUUUCGGCGGAAAAAAGCUAUCCCUGUUGCGAUAGCGAAGAAAAUUGCUCAACAAGAAAAACAGCGUCCAAAUGUAGUAGCAUUAUCUUCGUCGUCGUUAUCUGCUGUAAGUGAUGUUAUUGAUCAUAUUUCCAAAGUGAAAGUGGAAGAUAUUACAGAACCAGAUACCGGUGGUUCUAAAUCCGUUGCUGGUGAUUCAGUAGCAGCUGCCGAUGUGGAUAUGCGUCCCGCUGCAUUCCGCAGAAUAAAACCAAAAGUUUCGAUAAAUAUUGCACAGAGUCGACCGACAAAAUCUAUUCUAAAAAAAUGUAGUUCAAUUGAACGCACACCGGUUAGUGACCUGUCACAGGAGCGGACACCGGAAGCGCCCAUUAUUUUGGAGGACAAUAAUGAAGAAGAAAAUCCUAGGAUUGAAGUAGAUCGAAGCGAAACUACGAAAACAGAAAAUCAGGAUAGCGUGAACGGUACUGCAGCAAAUGUUGUGAACAUUCAAGAGAAUGUUAUCGAAAAGGAAACUGACACGAGAAAUGUAUCGUUCGAUAAUGCAUGCCAAAGUAUAGGUUCAGUGAAAUGUGAAGAAACUAGAAUAAGCCCGAAAUUUGUUAAGAUUCCUCCCGAGGUGAGGAUGUUACAAAUGCAACGCUUGCGAUCCAAUCCUAAUUGGAUGCAUAAUGUUCCAGUAACCUCUCCAGAGAAGGUUGCAACGACUUCAUCUCGAAGUAAAGAGUAUGUUAUUGUUGAAAAGUUUGAGAUUAGUAAGCAAAAUGAUGAUGUUCAGGAGUCUGUUGAUGUUAAUGUUCCUGAAGAAACCGGUCCGAAAGAUGCUGUUGAGAUCAGUAAAACUGAUGAUAAUGUUGUUCAAAAACAUCAUGUGAGAGAAAUUCGACGGAUAUCUAGGCUUCCUCCCAAUUUGGCAAUGAAAUUAAUGAACUGUGUUAAUUCGGCGAAGAAGAAGAAUCAGAACACAGUCAAAGAUGCAGUGCUUGGUGCAUCUAAAGUUGAGGAAGUGUCGUUAGAGACUAGUCAAGAUCUGUCCGUACAACCCGUCGUAAUUCGUCGAAUAUCGCCUCUACCAGCGGAAUCAAAUACUAGCAAUGAUGCUAAUGUUUUGGAACGGGAAAUAAAUUCAGAUUGUGGUGUAGCGAAGGAUGAUAAGAAAUGUCAGCCUUUGAUGAUAGCGGCUGAAAACCAAAACUCUACGCUAUCUCUAAAACCAACACAAACGAUACGACGAAUAUCUCGAGUACCACCGAACGUUGCCGUCAAAUUACUCAGCAGUGUCGCAUCGGUGAAUCGAGCUGCUACUUCGAAACUAUCUGCUUUGCAGAAAACUGUGCCGGUCACAAUGCAGAAGACGAAAGAGACAGAUGAGGAUGCUUCCGGUGAAAUUAAACCGGAUGUUACUGAAACAAUCGAGAUUCAUUCAUUAAAACUUGAGAGUACAGCAGUGCAACAGGAACGCGAUCGAAAAGAUGUAACACAUCGUGAAUUGGAAGAGAUUUCGGAGGAGAAAUCUAGAUCAUCCGUUUCCCCCACAGUACAAUCAACAGACACAGGGCAACCGACGAAACCGAAUCGCAAAGUUCAUAUUUUAUCACAGGUCAUUUUACCGACGGCAUCCUACAACUUGGAGGAGCUUUUGGCGGGGAAAUCAGCGGAAACAAUCCCGUCCGGCAGGUUAUCCCUGCCUCUGCCGAUGCCUUUUCGUACGGCUAUCAAUGCACCAAUUAUAAUGCCGGUACCGAUAAUCGACACUACAAAGGUGGAGGCGGGAAUGGUUUCUGAGACGGUGGAUACGGAGUUGUCGGUGUCGCGAUCUAUAGUUGAACAAAGCGUGAACCGAAAUCAAUGGACUGAAGACGAGAGUACCGUAUCGGUGGAUGCGCAUAACAUAACCGGUUCUACCAACAAAAAGUCGAUGGAACCAAGUUCGACGAGUGAUUGUUUCGGAUCACGUCUAGUGAAGCCAUAUGGAGUAGGUUCUAACGUAAACUCAAAUCCGACUAAAGAUGAAUUGGAUGAGAGAGAAGCGUUGCGAGUAGAGAAAAGCUGUGCAAAGGGAGUGAGUAUUGAUAAGCAGGAACCUAGCCUGGGUAAUCAGCAAACGUUGCAAAAACAGCACGAAGAUUACCAACAUCAGCAUCCAGUUCCAUCUGUUAUGAAAACUCAUCAACCCCAGUUAGGGCCCAAUUCUCGCCUACAAUCUCAGCCGCAACUGAUACCAGCAACGUACCAUCGUGCCCCUUCGUACCUCAAUCAACCGGUUACACUAUACACCCGGGCGUAUGCCAAUCCGCAUCAAAUGAUUAUAAAUCCGGCCAGUCAUAAGCAAUCACAUCAUACGCAGCAACAACAGAUUCCACGUCAUCGUCCGAUUCUUCAACCCACACAGUUUGUACUGGUACACUCGAGGACCCCAUCAGCUAAUGCAACACCUAAUACGUCGUCUCUAGCAUCGCAACAUCGCCUGAUGGUUCCUCCAGCUUCAGUUUACAAUCACCAGUUUCCCGGCGGACACAAUCAACUUAUUGUUCCUGCGCCACGUUUCAUGAUUCCUCCUGAUAGUAGAAACACUCUCUCCGGACCUAGGCCACAUCAACAACAACAACAACAACAACAAAAUCAACUGUUACAUCAGCAGCAUCCGUCCACGCGACAUGUCGUACCAACUAUCUCUCCACGGGGACACGCUUUUCAACCAGUUGAUCGAACUCCUUCGUCCAUUCAUCAUCAUCAUAAUUAUCAGCAACAGCCGUCGCCACCGCCAACACCGCUGUCACAGCAACCUGCUCGAGUUAUUCCGAAGAUUAUCAUCGACAGCAGUUUGGUAGAAAAUGACCGUCCUAAACAGACAGGCUCUAACAGUUCCGCGCAGUCAACACCAGAUAUGGGACAGGAGUUGAAAAACUUCUCAGCUUGCUCUCAACUAAUUAAAAAUAAACUCCGGGAAAAAUUGCGUGCGAAAAUAUUUCAAAAAGAACGUGCCGACGCUAUGGUGAUUUCGGCACCAGUCAGCAUCCCUACGCCGCAACUCAAACCGGCUGUGCAACAAAAAGUAGUACCACUAUCGUUUCGUCCUACGUCGCAGCAUACGCGGCAGCCACCACCACGAGCGCGAGUCGUCUAUCAUCCGGAAGACUUUAAUCAAUCCUCGGUACAAAUGGUGCGGGUGCAAGCUGCACCGAAACUUCCCGCGCAAGCACAACGUCAUCCUAUCAAGCAGUUCGUGUAUGGACAUGGGAAAAAAAUUUAUCUGACUAAAAUCAGCAUUUCGAAGCCGGUGCAUUCAUCGCAAAGUACCUCUCAACCAGCACCAUCUGUCCAACCAGUUUCAACGCAUAACAGCCCGAAUAUACCGUUGUAUCUGAGAAGUCCUUCCAAAACCCACCAUCUGUACGAUGACAUCUUUCAUGGCUACCCCCAGUCUACCAUCAAACACGAAAUGCGAGAGUUUCAACGAUUCCGAAGCGCGAUGGAACAAUUGGAACGAAAUAUGAGCCCGGAAACAACGGCCCCAAGUACAAGCACGAGUGACCCGACGACAGUUACUACGGCUGGACCGCAACGAGAAACCUUCAUCAUAACCGAGUUUGAUGUCACUGCCGGUCCAUCGGAUAGGCUCUGUCAGGAAGUGAAGGAAACGGUCGUAAAGCAUGAAAGUGGAAUGCCACCUAAAAUCAGCGUUCGACGAAAGACUUUCGUGGUGGACGAUUCCGAUUGUGAAAUACGAACCGAUCAAUUGCCACGGAUCGACGAAACUUCGAAAGGUGAAACAAAAGACGAGAUAAAACCCGAAGUAGCACAGGAAGCCACCACAGCUCGACUGCUGGUGGAUGAGCAGGAUAGAGAUUCUUUCAGCAGCUGCAGCGAGAUGGACAAAACGGAUGAGGAUUUGGCGCGGGAUAUACUUGCAAUAGUGCAGAAGGAACGCGAAAUACUUAAGAUAGAUUCUCCGGAACGGGAAGUGAAGAAAGUUAAACGCAGAAAGAAGAAACGGAAGCAUCGGAAGAAGAAGGCGAAAGACUGUAACAAACAGUUACUGAAUCUGCUUAUGAAGCAUGUAAAUCACGAAACGUUGAUAGCUGAGAUUUUAUCGGCACAACAAAAGCAAAUACAGUCCGUUGAAACUUGUGAUGACGAAGAAGAGUCGCAAGAAGAACCUAAACACAAUGUUGAACAGAAGGUAGAGAAAUCAGAGAUGGAAAUUUUUGAUCAGCACGAAUCAACAAACGACUCGUUAAUAUCUGACAUCGAGGAAGAUGAAUCUGACACCGACAUUUUUGCAGAGAUUUUGAAACCAUUCCGUACAGAUCGAGAACAAUCACAAAUUCCGAAUCAAGAGCAGCAAGUUCAACCUAACGUUGAUUAUCCUGUCACAACAGCUUCUUCUUCAUCUUUUUCUUCUAUUCUGAAGCCUACUGUUUUUCACGAACGAAUAAUAAUUCCUGCUUCCGGAGAGUUCAUCUGUGAUAAAAAUGCCUUUCCCGAAAUCGAAGGUAGGCCAAAUGUAACACCAACUGCUUCUAGAAUGCCCAAACGAAAACUAAAACCUAUUCUUGUUUCACGUACAAAAAUAAGAAAGAUUAGCCCUGUUCCAACGUUCGAUACGACGAAUGUAGCCAAUGAAGAAUCUGUUCGUCGAUUGUCUUCGCCGGUUGCGGCUUGCGAGUCUACUGAUUCAUUUUCUGAUAGAAAUGAUUCAUCUUCCUGCCAAGAACCUAUUGUGGGGGUAAAACCAAUCACUGUGAAUGAAAAUGAGAAGACUGUUGUGACUGGUGCUACCGGAAGUGUCAUAGAGGAACCAACAAAAUACGUAAAACCAUUUAUUCGAGAAAUUGUCAACGAUUGGGAUUCGGAAGGAGCAGCGGAUGACGGAACGAAACACGCAAUGGGUGAAUGUUCAAGGCCGAGGGAAAUAGACAUUCCUUGUCAUAUUACAAAGGAAGAUAUGCAGCAGCAGAAAAUACCCUCAUCACCUUUAAGUGAUCUAUCUAUUCCUGAUUCAUCCGCCAACGCAUCCAUUGAAUGUAUUUCAUUAGAAGGAACUACAGAAGAGAGGCAUACUAAGCCAGUUUCGAUAAUCAAACAACGCGUAUUGGAAACAGAUUUACAAAUGGCUUUAUCUCAAGAUGAUGAUUGUUAUAAUUCUCUCACCGUGUCAAGGACUCCUCCUCGAGCAGUUGCAGCAAUGAAAACCUCAGAUAAUGUGCUUACGGACAUUUUGAGAGAUUGGGAUUCUCCUGUAAGAGCACAAGAAUCUUCACAACUUAUAGCGAGAGUUUUAUUGGACAGAAUCGAUACCACAAGGUGCGAAAAUUUCGAGGGUGUAGAAACAUCUUCAACUCCGAAUGCGGUGAAUUCAGCUUACGUCUGCCCGAAACCAGACUCUAACUCUACACCAGAAAUUCCUGACCUGCCCAGUGAUAUUGACAACAUUCCGCCGACGGCAGAAGUGCAGGAUCAGCUAUCCAAUAAAACUCGAAGUGGCUGUCAUUCCAAUGAAAAAGAAAAUCUUGCUGUUGAUUCAAUCGAAAUGGGCAGCAAAAUGAAGUCUAUUGAUCAAAUCAAAACAAUGAAUGUGAUAGGAAUUAAAAGUAACAUUUCACAAUCUUCGAAACAUGUUGAUCCAAAUCAAUCGAAGGGAAAACUUCGUAAAAAAUCUGUUUUCUUUGAAGAUUCGGUAAAAGAUCACGUUGAACGACAGGAGAAACCUGCUGGCAGGGUUCUACGCAGUCGGCCGAAGUCUAUUUUCUCGGAAAGUUCUAAACUGGACGAAACUGUUCAAAGGCAAGCAAUAGAAUCCCAAUCGGUUGCAAUGGAAAACCCGACGACUCAAGAGCAAAUAUCACCGGAGAAUAGUCAGCGCAUCGCAACGGAGUCCGAGAGUCACGAAAACGUGGUGGAAGCAGGGGGUAAAGCUAGCGCCGAAAAUCGAGCAGAACCCGAGCAACGGUCAACCAAAUCUACCCCGUUUAUUUCCAAUCGCGUUCCAAUUCCGAUAUCCUCCGAAGACGAAGACAAUGUCCCGUCAGCUAAACGCCGGAAAGUGCUUCGUAAGAAGCGAUCCAGCACCCGUAAAAGCACCGUUCGCGAUCUCAAUGCCAACCGACGUCUUUUUAAAAGUGUUCAUAAAACUUCCUCAACUGCAGAUGAUCCACACGAAGAAUCGCAUACGGACUUCAUCAUCAAAACCGAACCGGAGGAAAUCCAGGAAUAUCCAGAGCAAUCUAUGCUAUACGACGCGUUUGGUCCCACACCCAACCAGCAAGAGCAACAACCAUCGGGACGUAUACUUUCGAUAGUUACCGUACAGAAUAACCAAGUGGUUCAUACUGAAGAUUUUAACACAUCGGUCGCCUCCGAAACACAACAUUUUCCAACAGCUCCAUUCGGAACGACGGAUCAGCAAUCGGCGGCAUUCGCUAUCUCGACACCAAACGAGCAUGUUUUCGCUACUCCGCAACCAGUCAAAAAACGGAAACGCCGUACCAAACAAGAAAUGGAAGCUGAUCGACAAGUCAAGCUGGAACAAAAAUGUAAAAAAAUGUCUCGAUAUAAUAAGGUUUCCAAUGAGUGUCUGAAUUCAUCAAAAGCACUGGUAACGGAUUUCGAGUGCGCAAACUGUAAACAACAGAUUAUGGCAGUCGAGUGGAAUGCCCAUUAUGCCCAUCACAAUGGACUGACUUACCGAACCGGAAUAGAUCCGGCACUGGAUCUGCAGGAUGAGGCUAGUGCCGCACAAAUCGUGACCCGUUUCAUGAAAAGUCGCCGACUGGCGUCGCUCAAGUGCGACAAAUGUGGUAUUUCGAAGAAAUCUGCCGUCGGUCUAAUUUCGCACCAGCUAAUUUGUGGUCUCACUGUCGAGCAAAUUGAAGCUAGCAAGAUAUCGUGUGAACACUGUAAACGAAAAAUGCUUGCAGUGAGUUUGUCGGCCCAUUUGCUAAGUUACUGUCCCGUGCUGAAGAAAAUACAAAAGGAAAAGCUACGGGCAGAAGCGAAUCAGAAUGCCGAAUCAGAAGCCGAAGAACAGAUCAUUGUCGUAAACCCAAUGAACCAACGGGGACGGACGAAACGGAAAGCGACGACCAAAGCCGAAAGGAAGAUUCAAUAUAUUACUUGCGGUAAUCAAAUUGUUCAUGUGACGAAAUCUGCCGUUACCGAGGGAUGCAAAGCAACCUGGGACGUUGAAUUUCGCAAGACCCAGAAGGCUUCGUGUGUGUUUAAGGACUGUGAUUUCACCGGAAACACAGAAACGGAAAUGCACCAGCAUCACCUGCUGUGUACGUCAACCAGCGAACGAUACGAGUGUAAAAACUGCCAAUAUCAAGCGAACAAGAUGCAGCAAUUGAUGAAGCAUAUAAAUCUGAAGCACAGAGAUGAUUCAAUGAACCCACUUGAUAGUAGUGGCACGGAUGCGAAGAUCAGUUCGGAAUCGUCGGAAGACGAGAAUGAUAUAGCUGAUGGUGAAAGAGUGACAGAAGAUGAGAAUGGGACUGAACUAGUGAAGAAAUCUAAAAAACGUCCCAAGCCCAAAGGAACUCAUAAAUCCAAAGCAGUGACGCUGUCUGGGAGAGAUUUGUUCAACGAAGAAAGCGAUGUCUACCGAGAAAUGGUAUUGGAUGAAUUACUUGAGCUACGCUUGUCGAAAAAAGAAUUCUUUGUUACGUCACGAACAUGGACAGAGGAAUUCCGCCAGCAAAAUUACUCCCGCAGUAUGUUGUUUUCGGAUCUACGACCUGAUUUAGAUGUUCGGUUAUUUCCGUCGGACUGGAUUACAGAUUACAUUCCAAAGUGCGCUAAAUCUUUGAGGUUCACCAUGCGUAAUACUAACCUAUACAAUGCACCAAUUCAAGUGAACGAUUACACCGAUAAGUGGCAACAGUUGGAUACGUUCAGUGGUCAGGUCCGUGGAACAGAUUCGUUGUUCUUCGUUGGAGGACCAGUGAUAGCGUUGGAUUGGUUGCCCGUGGUCGAUGGACGCGAUCGUGCCGAACGACAAAUUUUGGCAGUGGCCUGCAAAAAUGAUUUCGACGAGUUUCACCUAGCGAAUCGUAUUACACCGCGCAAGUGCCUUAUACAGAUCUGGGACGUAGGAUAUUUGAACAACAGCAGCCUAUCGCAUAAGGCGGAAAACUCAAAUCCGGAGCUAAUGUAUUCCAUAGCGUGCAAUUUUGGUCCAGUGUGGAGCUUGAAAUUUUGUCCUAGCGGAUGUUCUAACUCUGUAGAAGCCGGCGAUGAGUACAAUCGUCUAGGAUUACUAGCAGCUACUGGUUCCGAUGGCGAUGUGUACAUUUUUUCAUUAAUAAAAAACUACGGUGAUCUGAUUUCGAACAACUAUCGAAUAAUACAAUUGAAACCAGUGCUACGCUUAACUUUGACGGCGAUCAAUAGUGCCGAUUCCCAAUAUGAAGGUCAUACCGUGGUUAAACUAUCGUGGUCGAAAAGUAAAUAUCAUACGAUCAUUGCUGCCGGAUAUUCUAACGGUACAGUAGCGGUAUGGAAUCUUAGUUCAAAAUCACCACUCCUCACCGGUGUAAAAGACGGAUGUCCAUAUUUAUGUCCUGUUCAUCGAGUGUACACACCGGAUUCCUGCAUCACAGCCCUGGACAUACACUAUACGGAAGAAAGUCGGUAUCUUUUAGUAUGUAAUGCAGAUAGGAAAAUUCAAGUCUACGAUCUACACACCGGUUAUCUUCCGGUAGAAGUUUGUAACCUGAACGCCCGUAGUAAAGUGACGGCGGCCUGCUGGAAUAUUCAUUUCCCCGUAAUUGCGCUAGUUUUCGAUGAUGUGUACGCAAUUGACCGAUGUGCUCUAACUUUACAUCAAACUCGGGAAAUCGGGGUCCGACUAUGUCCACUUUACACUAUUGCAGCUGAAGCUACCGAUAUGAGUGCCAACGAUUGGCUCUCGAAUCACGUCAUCGGGACAGACGGAGGUGACGUAUUAUGCCAUCAGCCCAUAGCGUUUGUACAUCAUAUGGCACAGAAGAAUACUCAGCAGAGUAAAUAUAUUCUCACGUCCACUAUGUCGAUAAAGUUGAACGACGAGGCGACGGACACUUCGUAUACGAUGUUUAAAAAUAACUUCGGACUGCUCUUCUCGGAUAACGACAAGAGCCCUUUAAGAAUGGAUCUCAAGUCGCUUCAGGUAAAAUCUUACCGGCGCGCGCUGUUUCACGAGUAUCCCGGUAUACGGGUAAAUCAGGUUCGAUGGAAUCCGAACGAAAAAUCUCAUCAGUACUACGCAAUCGGCUAUCAGGCUGGUUUCGUGAGAGUUCGAGCUUUUCGAUUGCACUGAAUAUUUGGAUUACGUCGGAUGUGCUAUGCUUUCACAUAGAGAAUAGAAAUUAAUAUACAUAUUAUGUAUUCCUAUCUUUAACUAUAUUUCCCGAAAAAACUAUGUGAUCGUACAAUUAAUUUCUUUGAAGCGUACAAGAAGCUGAGCAGAGUAAUCAAAUAGGUUACAAGAAAAGCAUACACACUUACAUUGUAUAUUGUAUUAAACAUUCACGCUAGUAUCCGUAAUUGGAUGAUUUUAAU